CUUGUGUGUCAGCCUGGCGAGCACAUAGCACAUCGCUCCCAAGUUGGGAGCGUGGAACGCUCGUCACUAGGAAGUUUUGUAAGGACAUCGUUUCAUCCCUUUAAAGUCUCUGUCCACUUUCCUAGAUCCCAAAGUGGUCAUCCCACCACUUUCUUUUAGGUGAGGUUUCUUGGUCUCUCAGGGUGUUCUUCAUUCACAGCUUUUGGGAAGUUCUUGUGUGAAUCAUGGAGGCAAACUUCCCAAGGCUUGGAUUCAUUGCAAUACUGCUGCUUGCACUGGUUUGGAUUUCAACUGCUUAUCAAUCAUAUCAUCCUCUCAAGAUGGGAUACUACAAAUGCACAAGAAAAUGUGUCAAUGCGGAGGCGAUUGUCAAGAAGAUUGUGAGGCAAUAUGUUAAAAGGGAUCCAACGCUGGCUGCAUCACUCUUGAGAAUGCACUUCCAUGAUUGUUUCGUAAUGGGAUGCGAUGCCUCUAUUCUACUAAACUCUACCAAGACAAGCAUUGCCGAGAGAGACGCACUCCCAAACUUGUCACUCAGAGGUUUCGAAGUGAUCAAUGCUGCAAAGGCUGCACUUGAAGCAGCGUGCCCCAAAACAGUAUCUUGUGCUGAUAUUCUCUCCCUCGCGGCUAGAGAUUCAGUAGAAACGAUCUAUGGACCUUCUUGGGACGUUCCAACUGGCCGGAGAGAUGGUAUUAUCUCCAAUGCUUCAGACGUUCUCCUAAAUCUUCCACCCUUCUUUGCCAAUUUCACAACUCUCAAGUCCAUCUUUGCUGCAAAAGGGUUGAAUGUAAUUGACCUUGUGGCACUCUCAGGUGGACACACUAUUGGCUUUUCUCACUGUGCUGCUUUUGAUGCCCGGCUCUACAAUUUCACUGGGAAAGGUGAUGCAGAUCCAUCUCUAGAUCCUGCCUAUGCAGCCCACCUUAGAACCAAGUGCAAGCAUGGAGAUCUUGUCACCAAGGUUCCCCUGGAUGACACUCUCACAGGAUUUGAUACGAACUACUACAAGUUUAUCAUGCAAAACAAGGGGUUGCUCCAGUCCGAUGCUGCACUCCUAGAGACUCGAAGGUCGAGAUUCCUGGUGGAGCAAUCUACCAAGCCUUCGAUCUUCAGGCCCCAGUUUGCACGAUCCAUGACUAAGAUGGGGCGGAUUGAGGUGCUCGUUGAAAAGCAGGGACAGAUCCGCAGUCGGUGUGAGUUUGUCAAUUGAUUGAUUUGAUUUUGGAAUCUACUUGAUUUCUUUUUUUAAAAAAGGUUGUAAAUAAUGUCAAAUAAAGGUACAAAUGCCAAUACUUAAAAAGUUUGACUUGUUUUCUUC